UAAAAACCGAAAACACCCGAAGUUUACUCUCGUGCUUAAGAAUUUUAGUUCAUAGUUCAGCAUAACCAAUAAAAUUAAAUUAUUUUUUAAAAUUACUUUUAUCUAGUCUGCAAAUAAAAGUAAUUUAUGUGUUAUUGGUUAUAACAUAAAAUAUAUUUUAAAAAAUAAAAUAUUUGACAUAUCGAUAAACAAUCACUUGAAAUAAAUUUUUAAAUUAUCAUUAAUCGUUAUAAAGGAAAGUAAAAAAAAAUGUGCAAAUAAAAUGAUAAAAAUGUCCAGGAUACCAUUAAUUGGGAUUAGACAAAAAAAAUUAUUAUUAAGUAAACAUGUAAUUAAAAAUAAUUUGCGAUUAAAUAGCACGUCACAAAAAUUACAUGUAUUGGAGCAUUUGAAUAACCGGAAUUUACUUAAAGUAAAAGGUAAAGAAGUAUCUUAUUUUUUACAAGGAUUAAUAACAAAUGACAUGAAGCAUUUUGAUGAUGGCGUUACAAAUAUUUAUGCGCUAUUUUUAAAUACCAAAGGCAGAGUACUGUAUGAUACUAUUGUGUACAAAGGAUUUGAUGAGGAAACUUAUUUUAUUGAAUGUGAUUUAGAUGUAAUAGAUGCAUUGCAGAGACAUCUAAUAAUGUUUAGAGUACGUCGUAAAAUAGAUGUAGAGUCGAUGAUCGAUAAGAUGAAAGUUUGGGUUUUGUUUGACACAAAUUUAAAUUUAAAUGCUACAGAAAUAAAGUCGCCAAAUAAAAAGAAUGCGUUGGAGGGCGAAAUAAUUCCAUGUGGAUCAUUGAAUAGUAAGACAAGUAAAUCUAUUGAUAAUAUCAUCAUGUACACAGACCCGAGAAUAUCUAAACUAGGGUAUAGAAUUUUAAGUGAUAAAAAUGUAACUGAAGAUGAAAUUAUAAAAAAUUUAAUUCCCGGUAUUUCGAUAGAUAAAAAUUCGCUGAGUUACAGGGAAAUGAGAUAUAGAUUAGGAAUAGCUGAGGGCACGAUAGAUUUACCACCUGGUAAAGCGUUUCCUUUAGAAAUAAAUGGGGAUUAUUUGCAUGGAAUUAGUUUUCACAAAGGAUGUUAUAUUGGCCAAGAGCUGACCGCUCGGACACAUCAUACAGGAGUAGUAAGAAAGCGGCUGAUGCCUUUGAUAUUUAACGAAACAGUUGUAGAUAACAUAAAUUAUGACGAAAAUAUUGUUGAUGAUAAUGGAAAAUCUGUUGGUAAAUUUCGUGGGGUUGUAAAUAAAUAUGGGUUGGGAUUAAUGAGAAUUAUUGAAGCUAAAAGUGCUAGUAGUUUGAGUAUUUUAAAUAAAUCACUAAAUAUAUGUAAACCUUAUUGGUGGCCAAUAGAUAGUCAGAAAGAUAAAUUGAAAGUUGAUGAAGGAAAAUAAAGAUAUUAUUUAAAUGAAAAAUAAUUGUCAUUUAAUUAUUCAUUUUUUAAAAAGAUGGAUCCAGAAACUUCAUCAUCAAAUGUUAUAAAAUCUGAAAGUAAUUCAGUGAAUUGUAAAAUAAACGAGACAAAACAAG